AUGGGGAAUCAGCUAUCUACAGCACCCAUCCAAAUUUUUCCAGUCGAGCAUUAUUUCCUUGGCAUGGAAAAUGAGAUCCAGUUUGAGUUAAGUAUGGGAUGUACGAGAUUCUUCAAAGUAGCUCGUGGAAAGUCCGAUGAAGGUUUGAUUGUCGUAAAAGUCUUUGUGAAACAUGAUCCAAGUUUACCUCUCGAAAUUCAUGCUGAAAAAAUCGAAUCAAUUAAGAAAGGACUUCAGAAUGCUGUAAAUUGUUUACCAUUUCAAAAAGCAAUCUUGACUGAAAAAACAGGCAUAAUAAUAAGGGAGUAUGUUAAGCAUAGUUUAUACGAUAGAAUGUCAACAAGACCUUUUCUAACGUUAAUAGAGAAAAAAUGGAUUACAUUUCAAGUGCUAUGUGCUUUACAUCAAUGUCAUAAGCAAAAGAUAUGUCAUGGCGACAUUAAGUUAGAGAACAUAUUGAUCACAUCGUGGAACUGGAUAUUAUUGUCAGAUUUUGCGUCAUUUAAACCAACAUUUUUACCUGAUGAUAAUCCAGCUGAUUACAGCUACUUUUUUGACACGAGCAGACGAAGAACUUGCUAUAUUGCACCCGAAAGAUUCACCAAAAGCUUCACUUCAGAUAGCAAUAAUCCGUUAGUCGGUGAUAGCACAUCAAAUUCGGGAAAUUUAGUACCAGAAAUGGAUAUAUUUUCAGCUGGAUGUGCUUUAUUAGAAUUAUGGACAGAAGGAAUCGGAACUGCACCUUUCGAAUUCUCACAAUUGCUGACAUAUAGGAACGGAGAAAAUCAAUUGGUCAAUAGACAUCUCAACGCUUUAGAAGACGAGAAUUUAAGGGAUUUGCUGUCAUCAAUGCUCAGCAUAAAUCCAAAAGAUCGAAAAUCAGCCGAAAUUUACCUAGACAUGGAACGUGGACGAUUAUUUCCUGAAUAUUUCUACUCAUUCCUUCAAUCUUAUAUACCAAUAACAUUCAGUUCAAUCCCAAUUGUUCCUAAUGAUGACAAAAUUAUGAGGCUACAUUCAGAUGUGACGCAAAUAAUUGAUAUUAUAACCAAAGAUAAAUUAGAGGAUGAUGGACUCAUUCUAAUAACGACUUUGGUGGUUUCCUGCAUACGUGGAUUGAAUCAUUGUUCAUCUAAAAUUCAUUGUCUUGAAAUUCUCUUUAAAUUAGCUCAGUACACAAGUUCAGAGACCAUUUUGGAUAGAAUUUUACCUUACAUUCUUCAUUUAUGUCAAGAUUCAUCACCGAAUGUUCGAGUAUCUGCUUUAGAUACCUUAACUCAAUGUUUAUGCUUAGUAACUAGACUACCUCGCUCAGAUGCUAAUAUAUUUCCUGAAUAUGUUCUUCCUGCAAUAUCUAAUUUAGCUGUAGAUUCAGCGACAAUUGUUCGAAUAUCCUAUGCACAAAAUAUUGCGAUUUUAGCGGAAACAGCUGUAAAGUUUUUAGAACAGUCACAGUUAGGAACUAUGGAUGGUCCGAUUCCGAAUUAUGAGACAGAAUUACAUGAUUUGCAUGAAAUGUUGUCAACCACGGUGAUGAGUUUACUGACAGAUUCUCAAGUUGUUGUUAAACAGACUUUAAUGGAAUCUGGAAUUAACAAGUUGUGUGUCUUCUUUGGCAGUCAAAAAGCAAAUGACAUUAUUCUGUCACAUGUUAUCACAUUUCUAAAUUCCUUGAAUGAGAAGGACGACAAGAAUCUUCGUGGGACAUUUUUUGACUGUAUAGUAGGAAUUGCUACAUAUGUAGGAUGGCAUUGUUCUCCAAUUCUGAUUCCUUUACUUCAACAAGGUUUUAGUGACCCAGAAGAAUUUGUUAUUUCUAAAGCAAUUCGUGCUACAGCAUCAUUAACGGAACUAGGAUUAUUACAAAAGACAAGCCUAAUAGACUUUAUUAAUGAGAUCGCUUGUUUCCUAAAUCAUCCAAACUUAUGGAUUCGUCAUGAAAUUUGUGGCUUAAUAUCAAUGGCAGCGAAAAUUCUAACACCACUAGAUGUUCAGUGUAAAAUAAUGCCUUCAGUAGCACCACAUCUUAAAUGUCCUUUGAUUCAGCUUGAAAAAAUCGAAUUGCUGUUGGAUUGCUUAAAUCCUUCAAUUCCUCGAAGUGUCUAUGAGACUGUUCUUAAAUUUAAUGAUAUUCCGAAAUUUAUUGAUAUUCUGAAAGAGAGAAAGCAGGCAAGAGCAAAGGCUGGUCAUGAUGGAAUACCAAAAUAUGGAGAAAUGAUUCAAUCGAUGAGAACUUUCUUCCGAAGACUAGCCUCAAUAGAAGGAAUGAGUGAUCUGGUCGAGAUGCAAUUAUUAUCUUUGAAUCAACAUCUGAUAAAAAUGGCUAAAUAUCGAUCACAUGAAAGAAUAUCGCAAAGAAUGGUCGAUGGACGAAUUCAACUUGAUAAUAAUCACAUUAAUCAUCUUCACGAAUUUAUGCUGAGUGAUAGAAUAAUUGGCAAAAAUGAGACAAUAAUAACGGGACGAAAGCAGCGCAUUAGUGAAUCAGCAAGUGUCGAUUGGAUUUUAAAUCAAGAAUUUCCAUCAAUUUCACCUUUACCUGACACAGUCUCUUUAAAUGCUCAGCCAAUGAUUACACAAACUCCAAAUUUAUCACUUGUUGAAUAUAGCAUGCCUGAACGUAGUUUCCAGCAAGAACGAUUAGCUGAAUGUCGCACUGAAUUGGACCAGUUAUUUCAAAGACUCAAGACUAAACAUUCAAAAACGACAAUUCGACAUGAAGCUUUUGCCGAUGAUGGAAAUUCGCCAAAUUGGAAAUUUAAUGGAACAUUGGUAGCUCAUCUAAGUGAGCAUAGAGGUGCUGUGACAAGAAUGACGACACUUAAGCCUGGAGGAACAAGCUUUGCUAGUGUCAGUAAUGAUGGUUAUGUCAGACUUUGGGAUUGCUCUAAGCUUGAUGGACAUCAGAAUAUUAAUCGAUCAAGACAAUUUUAUGCUGCAAAUACUCCACUAAAUGCUGUAGCUGCAUGUGAUAAUGGUCAAUCUUUAGCUGUUGCUGGAAAAGAUGGUGCAUUACUAGUUCUUAGAAUUGAUCCUAAUUCUAGUAAAAUGGCUUUACAGCAAGCACGUCAUUUAGACUCAAAUGCAAGAAUUGAAAGGACAACAAGAGAACAAGAUGACGGACCAGUUGUUGAAAUGCAGUCAAAAGAUCAGAGUCAAAUUGUUUAUGCUACACUUUAUGGUGCUAUUGUUGGAUGGGAUUUAAGAAUGCCAUCAACAAUGAAUUCGUGGAGAUUACAAAGCGAUUUAAGGAACGGCGUAAUUACAACUUUUACAAUUGAUCCAAUAAAUUCUUCAUGGCUGACAAUUGGAACUAGUAGUGGACGACAUUUAUGCUGGGAUUUAAGAUUCCUUCUUAAAAUAGCUGAAAUUAAGCAUCCACAUGAGUCAAGAAUAAGAAGAGUUUGUCCGCAUCCAACAGAACCAUCAUGCUUAAUUUCAGCAUCUCAAGGAAAUAACGAAGUUUUUUCAUGGAAUAUUGAGACCAAUUCUAGACAAACAGCACUUUGGGCAAGUCAAGCUCCACCAUUAUCAAAUACGAAUUCAACAACUCAUUCAGUCUGUGCUUUACUUCCGGGCCGAAAUAAUGGUCGUGGAUUUUUAUUAACGGCUGGAACUGAUCAAAGAAUAAGGUACUGGGAUCUUCAAGAUGCGUCAAACUGCCGACUUGUAGUUCCUGCACCCAAAGACUACUCUCCAUCGUCAAUUUCAUAUGAUUCUCGUCUGAUUGAUGGCACAUACGUCAUUCAAGAGACGUACAACGGAAGUCAAUCACCAUCACAUAAUUCAACGCUCUCACGCGGCGGAAUGGAUGAAUCAACAAAAGCUGGACCAGAUGUAUCUGUUGGACAUAAUGACGUUAUUACUGAUCUCGUUAUGUGUAAAACGCAAAAGCAAACAUUUAUUGCAUCGAGUAGUCGUGAUGGUGUUAUUAAAUUAUGGAAAGCUCUUAUGGAAGCUUUCAUGGAGCUUUUUAGCCACCUAAAAUCAACUGAUAAUGGUUUCAAGAAACAUUAG